GCUGCCGGUGCCACUCGUGGCUCCGGGACCAGAGCCAAGGUCUGGAGGCUGGCGCCGGUCCCGAGACUGCGCGUCCCUCGGCGGGGCGGUCAGAGCUGCCCCCGUGGCCACUGCCCUUCUAGGGGGGGCUGAAGGGCCCCUGACACGGCCUGGACAGAGAAAAGGAGCAGCAGAGGAGAGCGCCGGCCCACCCGGCCCAGCCCCUCAUCGCCGCUGAUGCCGAUGGCCUUCCCCAGGGCACGCGGUUUCACUUUGGUUGCUCACUCUUAUUCGCCUCCUUUAAUGGUAACUGGCAAUAAAUGCCGUUAAUCUUCCUCACGGUGACUCUGUGUUGCCUGUGAUGGCACUUAGGGAGUUCUCCCGAACCCUGCCAGCCCAGAGCGGUUUGAGUCAGCAGGAACUUUUGGAGACCACAGGGGCUUUCCUGGGGCGGCCACGCCCUGAUGGCUUCAGAAUCUCCAGCGCAGCCCUGGGCCACCAUGGCAACCACUGUGUGCCAGCGCGAUGUCAUCAUUGCAUCACAGUGUGGCCCCUGUUUCAGCGGGUGGCAGGGAGGCUCAGCUGUCACUUCGACUGCGUGGGAGCCAGCGAGCAGGAGAGCAGAUGGACCAGGCGAUGGACAACGUCUCAAAGACGGAGAGAAGACACAACAAGCCGGUAGUAGCGGGGUGCUUCGGCCUCACCCCAACCUCUCCUCCCCUCGGGGCCUCUCGCCGCGUUCCUCGGCCUCCCCAGCUGACCCCUUUCACGCCCCCUUAUCACCAGAACUUCUGGAGGAGAUGCUGCCGCGCUCUGCGCCAGAUGGAGGAGUGGAAGCUGAUUGUCCUCAUCUUCAUCUCCAGCCUCUCCGUGUGGGGCCUCUUCAUGGUGGUGCUGCCCUGCGCCCCCAAUUUGUUAUCUGUCCUCACCCUGGGCCUCCUCGCAGCCUGCUGGCCCAGGAGCAAGGCCAAGGGGAGCUCUGCAGAGGAGAAGAGCUGUCGGAGAGACGGGAGGAAGGACCCGAUAGGAGCCACCUCCGUCCCCUGCGAAGCCGUGGAAGGGGCCACCGAGAGCCAGACGGCAAGCUGGAGGAAGCGCCACGAAGGAGAAGGGUGGGAAAGCGGCGUCGGCGGGGACGCGGCUUCUGCAAGGGAGCUCCCCCACAGGACGGGAGACGUGGGGCGAGACGGGAACGUCGGUGCUGCCACCAGCUCGGAGCUCCUCAGGAACCAGCCCUCCUCCUCCCACAGCAGCGACCUGGAGGAGCUGGCCACGUCCCUCAUGGGCUCCCUGGGCGUGACCCGAGUCUGCCGCGACCUCCUGGGAAAACUGAAGGAGUCUCGGGAUAGCGAAGACAUCCGCAAAGAAUAUGCCACCUGCCUGGAGUGCCGGCGGUGCCUCACCGGCAGCUGCCCGCACCACAGCGAGCCCCUGCCAGAGCGGGACCUGCCCACGCUGGCCGCCAUCCUCCACAGCGUGGACCUGCUGGUGCACCAGGAGGAGCUCCAGCUGGAACUGGGGAUGGGCUUUGAGCUGGUCCUGGCUGGGGAAACCGUCUACGUCUGGCAGAGAACCCAUCGGUUCCCCAAAAUCCCCCCGGAGCGCUGCUGCAAGAAGUGCAAUGCGCCUCUGCCCAGGAGCCUUUGGGGCAGCGAGAGCUCUCAGGCAUUGUCCCCUGUCCUCAGCGCCCCGGGAACAGCACAGGGGCAGAUGAGAGCGGCCGGGCAGGACGCAGGGGCUCCUCCUGUGAGGGAUAGGGAAGCCAAAGGCAGCGUGGAGCUGCAGCCGGCUGCACAGGGCGAGUUGCCCCCCACCACAGUCCCUGGCUGCACCCUGGCCGACGUGGCACAAACACCCUCUGCAGCGCCGGCCGAGGUGAGCAGUGCUGUGGUGUUGGCCCACCUCUCCGUGUGGGGCCUCUUCAUGGUGGUGCUGCCCUGCGCCCCCAAUUUGUUAUCUGUCCUCACCCUGGGCCUCCUCGCAGCCUGCUGGCCCAGGAGCAAGGCCAAGGGGAGCUCUGCAGAGGAGAAGAGCUGUCGGAGAGACGGGAGGAAGGACCCGAUAGGAGCCACCUCCGUCCCCUGCGAAGCCGUGGAAGGGGCCACCGAGAGCCAGACGGCAAGCUGGAGGAAGCGCCACGAAGGAGAAGGGUGGGAAAGCGGCGUCGGCGGGGACGCGGCUUCUGCAAGGGAGCUCCCCCACAGGACGGGAGACGUGGGGCGAGACGGGAACAUCGGUGCUGCCACCAGCUCGGAGCUCCUCAGGAACCAGCCCUCCUCCUCCCACAGCAGCGACCUGGAGGAGCUGGCCACGUCCCUCAUGGGCUCCCUGGGCGUGACCCGAGUCUGCCGCGACCUCCUGGGAAAACUGAAGGAGUCUCGGGAUAGCGGCGCUCCAAGCGUUUCCCAAGACAUCCGCAAAGAAUAUGCCACCUGCCUGGAGUGCCGGCGGUGCCUCACCGGCAGCUGCCCGCACCACAGCGAGCCCCUGCCAGAGCGGGACCUGCCCACGCUGGCCGCCAUCCUCCACAGCGUGGACCUGCUGGUGCACCAGGAGGAGCUCCAGCUGGAACUGGGGAUGGGCUUUGAGCUGGUCCUGGCUGGGGAAACCGUCUACGUCUGGCAGAGAACCCAUCGGUUCCCCAAAAUCCCCCUGGAGCGAUGCUGGGAGGGUGCCGGUGGCAAGCAGAAGGUGAACCGCAGCCGGGGGACCGGGGUGUGCCCAGGGAACGGGCCCUGGGGCGAGGAAGCGGGAGAAGAGGCUGUGCUGGAGAAGUGGAGGGAAGGAGGAAUGUGCUCAUCUGGAGAAACAGCCAGUGAUGGGCUCCCCUCUCCCCACUAUCAUGAGACUGCGGUGAAGAACUCAGAAGUGAAAGACAAUUUUUAUUGA